ACCCUGAGAAACUAUUAUUAAGUCAUAGUUAUAAAAUUGACCUUAGUACCUACAUAGUCCAAGUCGCGGUUCCCUCGGGUUCCUCUAAAAAACCUUUCAAUCAUGAUGAGCGAAAUGAUCAAUGGUGUUGAAUUUGAAUAUUACGAUGAAGAUCUAAUUUCAACUGAAUUACGAAGUGGAGCAAGAUUUCCGAAUGUGGGAUUGGGAACUUGGAAUGCUUUUGCCCCUUUUUCCGACAAAGACGUUGAAUUGGCUGUGGUUGAAGCUUUAACAAUGGGAUAUAGACUAAUAGACUGUUCUCCAACUCAUUUGAACGAAAAAGCAAUUGGAAAAGCUUUAAGGCAAAUAUGGACAAUGAAUAGCUGGACAACAAUUACAAGAGAUGAUAUUUUCAUAGUGAGCAAGUUACCACCUACGGGUAACCGGCCUGGUGGAGUGGCGAAACAUUUGAACCAAACAUUAAAAGACUUACAAUUAGAUUAUUUGGAUCUCUAUUUAAUUGAAGCGCCGUGGACUUUCGAGGAAGAUGGUGAAAAAUUGAUUCCGACUAAUGAGGACGGAGAAGUAAAAUUGGACAUGAAUACUGACAAUAUAGCUACUUGGAGGGAAAUGGAAAAACAGGUUGACCUAGGAAAAGUCCGAGCCAUUGGUCUGUCAAAUUUCGAAUAUUCACAAGUUAUGGAAAUCGAUCGCGCGUCACGAAUUCCCAUUUCCGUAAUUCAAAUGGAAAUGCACGCCUAUUUCCAACCAGACGCAGACCAUCUCGAUAAGUAUAGAGAGAUGGGAAUAAAAGUAAUGGCAUGUUGUCCACUUGGAUCACCAGGUCUCGCCAAGUUCACCGGAAAACCAGAAGAGUUCUCUAAUCCAAUGAACGAUCCGACAGUUAAAAAGAUAGCGGACAAGUAUGAUAAAACUCCAGCCCGAGUUUUACUCAGGUUUCUAAUUCAAAAAGGAGUGUCAGUGAUUCCAAAAAGUUAUGAUAAGGAUAGACUCUACGAAAAUAGUGAUGAUUAUUUUGAUUGGGAACUUGAAUGUUCAGAUAUAGAAGAACUGGAUGCUCUUAAUAAAGGACCAAAUGGUCGAGUACUGGAUUUCGUCAGUUUCUUUAAAGGCAUCGAGAAACAUCCUCAAUUUCAAUUUCAAAUCAACAAGAAAACUGAAGAGGAAAUUGAAGACGAAAAUGAAGAUGAAAUUGAAUAUUAUAUUGAAGAAGAUGGAUAUUUUGAGUAAGUGUGCCAAUUGUGUCAGGUGCUCCAAUUAUGUCGACUUUGUGAAAAAUAUAAUUAUUUGCUACUUUAGAAUAAUAUAAUUAUUUGAAAAAGUUAUUUUCGACCUUACUCGAUAUAAUUGUACGUAAAGAAAUAUAUUUAAACUAUUAUUUAAUUUAA